ACCCGGUUUAACGAUAGAAUUCGUUCCGUGUAUUGGUAAUGUAGCAGAAAGAAACACGGGCGAUAACUCGCAUAGUGCAUUUACUAGGAACAAUCUAGAGAGUUCCGAAUGUAAACAUUUGAAUCGAGAGAAAAACGUUGAGAAAAUUAAUUGGAUUUACGUAUUUAUAUGGAUUAUUUUUUGGGAUAAAAGGCAUAAGCAAUCUCAAGAAGAUUGAGUGAGAAUUUGGAAGUCCUCGGGAGUUAUCAUUGUUGUGUAUCGAAAGGAAAAUUUUAAGCAUUCAAAAUGAUGCACAUGCAAAAUGAUCCCAAUGCACCUAUUACUUCAGCAGAAAGAGCCCAAAGAUCAGUAUUUGUGGGUAAUAUUCCUUAUGAGACAACAGAGGAACAGUUGAGGGAGAUAUUCUCUGCUGCUGGCCCAGUUGUCAGUUUCAGGUUAGUCUAUGACAGAGAGACAGGGAAACCAAAAGGCUAUGGUUUCUGUGAGUACCAAGACGUGGAAACCGCUCAGAGCGCCAUGCGGAACUUGAAUAACUACGACUUCAAUGGUCGGCCCCUGAGGGUAGGGGUGGCGGCGGGGGAACAGAACAGGGAUGAAAUGAAGGGACUACAGCAGGCUCUAGGGGGCCCCGUCAUGGAGAGUCCCUAUGGAGACCCUGUGGAGCCAGAGAAGGCCCCAGAAGCCAUCUCCAAAGCUGUGGCCAGUCUCCCCCCAGAACAGAUGUUUGAACUCAUGAAGCAGAUGAAGUUAUGUAUCCAGAACAACCCGACCGAGGCCAGAAACAUGCUGUUACAGAAUCCACAGUUAGCCUACGCACUGCUGCAGGCUCAGAUCGUCAUGAAAAUAGUUGACCCACAAGUGGCCAUGGCAAUGUUGCACAGAGACACCAAACAGAUCCCCCCUGCCAGUGUGCCCAGUAGUGUCCCCAUCUCAAUACCCCUCAGUAUUCCUCAGGUACAGCCAGUCUCAGCCCCAGGGCCAAUUCCAGGUCCCCAGAUGCCAGGAGGACCCGGACCCAGAAUGGUGGGACAGAAUCCAAUGAACCCCAACAUGCCGGGUCAGGACAUGAUGGGGCCGCGUGGUCCAAUGAUACGACCAAACAUGGGCAUGCCCGGUGGGCCAGGUCCAAAUAUGGUUAUACCUGGUCAGCCAGGACCAAUACCCCAAGGCCCGGGACAACCACCCAUGGGUCCCGGACAACAGCCCAUGGGACCGGGACAGCAACCCAUGGGUCCAGGUCAACAACCCAUGGGACCGGGACAGCAGCCCAUGGGACCGGGAGUGAGGCCGGAGAUCAGAGACCCCAGAAUGAUGGGCGAGCCACGCAUGAUGGGAGACCCCCGAGCUAUGGGCCCCCGCCCAGGAAUGCCUAUGCCCACCACCACACAAUCUGCACCUAUGCCCAGGCUACCUACAGGGCUCUUGGGCCCCGGUGGUUUGACAGGAGGACUCCCUAACUUGUCAGGAGGGGCGCAGAUCUCCCCACAAGAUCAGGAAAAGGCUGCCCUGAUCAUGCAGGUGUUACAGUUGACAGAUCAGCAGAUCGCUAUGUUACCCCCAGAACAGCGCCAGAGUAUCUUAAUUCUCAAGGAGCAGAUCUCAAAGAGUGCUGCCCAGUGAACCGUGGAUACUGACUUCACUGUUCAGUGAACUGUGGAUACUAACGUAAAUGCUCAGUGAACCGUGGAUACUAACAUAACUGCUCAGUGAACCUUGUCCACUCACUUAAUGCCCCACAUUCUUUUUCUCUGUCAAUCACAUUAAGGAAUUUGAAGCAUGUGUUUCAUUCAACAUUCAUUUCU